GAAGCGCCCUUGUUCCAAUUGUCAAGGAGACAGGGAAUCAGACGUUACGUAUCUAAAAGUCACUCCCCUACCAACCCGAAGGGCAUUGCAUCUUUCCUCCAUCUCUUCUAACACUUCGACAAGCUUCAUUCGUUGCAAAUCUCUUUCCUUAAUUAUUCCGUCGGACGCUUUCCAAUUAUUUAACACACCUCCAAAUCCCAACUAUUUGAAUGCAAGAACUUCAGCUUAAAACCCCACCUUCAUUGCUUCACCUGCUAUGCCCAAUUCCCACUUUUAACUCGAGUGUUAAGCACAAUACCACUCUAAUCACUCGGUUUUUCUUCAAUUUUUCGCUAUAUUAAUUCCUUCCCGAAGAUCAGAUCGUUGAGUCCUCCAAUUGCCCCGAUUCCUCUCCAAAUCUGAAAUCACUAAAAACCAACAGAAUUCUGGGCCUUCCAAUCAGAGAAUGGGACGGCAUCCAUGCUGCGCCAAGCAGAAGAUAAGGAAAGGCCUGUGGUCACCUGAAGAAGAUGAGAAGCUCUACAACCAUAUCGCUAGAUUUGGUAUUGGCUGUUGGAGCUCUGUGCCCAAACAAGCAGGAUUGGAAAGAUGCCGGAAGAGCUGCAGACUGAGGUGGAUAAAUUACCUGAGGCCAGACCUUAAGAGAGGAAACUUCUCGCAGGAGGAGGAGGCUUUGAUCAUAAGUCUGCAUGAGGUUUUAGGCAACAGGUGGUCUCACAUUGCAGCACAAUUGCCAGGGAGAACGGACAAUGAGAUCAAGAACCUGUGGAAUUCAAGGCUAAAGAAGAAGCUCAAGCAGAGGGGCAUCAACCCGAUCACCCACAAGCAAUUAAGGGAGACAGGAGCACAAGGAGAGAUGCCGAGGCCCGCCGUGAAGCCCCUCUUCAAUCCCUUCCCCUCAUUUGAAUGCCAAGCGGCUACAGAUCCGAGUGGGACUAAUGCAAACUUGGACCACCAACUCCAACAAACUCAUAGACCUCUAGAGCAGAAUGAAUUCAUGAACAAUUUUGAUGAUUAUUUGGUUUCAAGAUCCAACUCAGGGUACUGGAAUUAUGGUGAAGUAUUAUACGUUUCAGACACUUAUGCCAUCCAAGAGAGUUUGAACAGUAGAAUCAAUUCGAACAGCGAUAUAGCUGCUCGGAUGGGCAGCAUGCCAGGAAAAGAGGUCUUCGAUUCGUCUUCUUUUGAGAUUAAGUUGGAAUCACCGCUUCAGACAGAGAUCGAAGCAUAUGAGCAGAGGCUGAAUCCAUGUCAAGGACUUCAACAAGUGGAAAGUUCAGAAGAAUUCAGUAGCUAUCUAACGACAUCGCUGUCCCGAGAUCUAUCUGAUGCAUGCCUUGAAUGUUUCUCAAGAUGAACUGGCUUGUGAACUGAAUGGGGAUUUUGUUAGUUCUUAAAACUCCCUUCCCCUCCCUUUAUUUGUCAUAGAUGUUGAUAGAAAGGACGUAUGGAGAACUACUGGUGGAGAUUUUUAAGGUCACAAAAAUGAGCGAAUAAUUAAUUAAUGUAUGUACAGAGGUGUGUGAUUUCAGAAGCAUAUAUUGGUAUUUGGUGAGAAGUGGGUUUGCCGAAA